AUGGAACAUGCCUGCGUCUCCUCUCUGCUAGUGCUAUGGCUGAGCCUGCUGCCUCCGGUUUUGAUCUGCAUCCUCCUCCUGUCCUACCUGUGGACCUUCCAAUGGCUGAGACCGGAGAGGAUCAGGCAGAGGCUGAGGCGCCAGGGAGAGAAGGGCCCCAAGCCUUCUCUCCUCCUGCGGAACAUACCGGAGAUGAGGAGGAUUCAGAAGCAGCUGGCCGAAUCUGACCAAGAACAACAAGAAGCAGCAGCAGGGGGCAACCAUCGCUUCUCCUCCAAUUACAUGGCCGCAUGGCCGCUCUGUUCCCUUACUUCCACCACUGGAACAAGGUCUACGUCUUUGUUUGUGAGGGAUCCAGACAUGGUGAGGGAGCUGGCCAACUGCAAGUCUUUGGAUCUUGGAAAGCCUCGCUACUUGCAGAAGCAGCUUGGAGCGCUUCUUGGCACGGGAAUCUUGACGGCAAACGGUGACCUUUGGGCACAUCAACGGAAGGUGAUCGCGUCUCACUUCUUCAUGGACAAGGUUAAGGGAAUGGUGGAUUUGAUGGCGGGGUCUGCAAAUGAAAUGCUGGUUUCAUGGGAAGAUAUAGUUGACAGGGGAGGUUUUCACAUACUCAGCAAGAUUCGACAGCUUCAGGUGGCAAUGGCAAAGCAAGAUAUAUUUGCUGCUCUUCCUGGUAGUAGGUACUUACCAACAAAGCGCAACCGAGAGAUUCGGAGGCGCGGCGCGAGCAUCCGCGACCUCAUCUUGGACAUAGCGAGGAGGCACGAAGAAGAACACGACCCGCCGGCGACAUCAUCUGCGAGCAACAGCGACGGCUUCCUGCGUUCCAUCGUCGAGGGCGCCAAGGCCGCCGCCAGCGCUUUCAGUUCAUGCACGCCCGAGGACUUCAUCGUGGACAACUGCAAGAACAUCUACUUCGCGGGGCACGAGACGACGUCGACCACCGCCGCCUGGUGCCUGAUGCUCCUCGCCGCGCACCCAGAGUGGCAGUCCCGCGCGCGCGCCGAGGUCAUGGAGGUCGUUCGCCAUGGAAAGCCUCUAGACGCAGACACGAUCCGGAAGCUGAAGACGGUGACGAUGGUGGUGCAGGAGACGCUGCGUCUGUACCCGCCGGCGCCGUUCGUGACGCGGGAAGCCCUACGCGACCUUACGCUCGGCGGCCUCCACGUCCCGAGCGGCACCGGCGUCCGGGUGCCCAUAGCGCUGGCGCACCGGGACCCCGCCGCCUGGGGCCACGCUGGCGGCGACCCCGACGGGUUCGACCCGGGGCGGUUCGCCAACGGCGUCAACCUCGCCGUGGUGGAGCUCAAGGUCGUGCUGGCGCUCCUCCUGCCCAGGUUCGAGCUCGCGCUGUCGCCCGGGUACGUCCACCGCCCCGCGUUCAGGCUCACCGUCGAGCCUGGGAACGGCGUGGCCCUGGUGCUUAGGAAGCUCUGCUCUGCUGAUUGA